ACUUUACUUAGGCUUAGGGUUUCAUUUCAUUCAUGUUCAUCUUCUUUUAGUUUUCAAUUUUCACAUCGGUUCGAAGACAUCGCAAUCAGCCUCUCUCGAGUCUCGACUCUCAGUCAGUCAGUCUCUCUCAGUAUUCAAACUUCAAAGUCUAUUUUUGCUGAAACAUCAGUAUUCAAGCUUGAUUUUGCUGAAAACUGAAGAGACCCAAGUCGAUUUUUGCUUUUGCUCUCAGCAGAUAAGCAUAUAGAGAAAACAAAGCAUGGCAGAGCGAAUUCUCAGCUUGGGAGUCCUCAUAGAUAUUGUGGAUGAAGAAUGGAUGCGAGAUACUCUGCCCGCUGAUGAUCUCCCUUUACCACCUGUACUACUUCCAAAGACAGAUGACAACGAAGACUCAAAGAUCAGGAACACUUGCACAUGGAUGUAAUUUAGAUAUUUCCUGGUGUGCUCACAUUCUAUUGAGUUUUGAUAUCAGGAAUCUUACAUUCAAUCAAGAGGCUCCACAAGUUGGAGAUACAUGGCACGACCUUGCAUUGGAAAAUCAACGACAUUAAUGAUCAACCUCGUGUGUUUGAUUUGCAACCAUUAUAGUCAUAUAUAUUUGUUGGUCAUGUACUUGAUUAGCAUUGAUGGUUGUUUGAAAACUAACUUCGACUGUUCUUUCUUUUGAUAUGUUGGUCUGUUGUCUGUUAGUCUAGUGGUGUGAGUGCAGCAGCAUGUAAUGUGUGGGUCAGCACACAUCAUUGAGUUUGAACCUUACUGCAUACAAAUAUUCGGUAUGUAAGUGGAGAAAGGUUAAGAGGGUCGGGACACCUUGGCGCCAUUGAUCCUAGUUGUCUUGGCAAUCUGUGCUCUCCAAAUGGAAUAGAUUCAGGGAAUGCUAGCAUGUUAGCGGAUGUUAAGGUCAUUCCUACUCAUAGUUUAUACCAAA